CAGAGUGUGGAGCAGUUCGCAGGCUCUUAAAGGAAGGGGAGGGCAGGACCCAAAGGGGCCCAGGGCGGAGCUUUAUUGGUUGGGCCCGCUAUGCCCCACCCCUUCCCACUGCACAAGUUCCACCGCUGCUGGCUCAGCCUGGAGGGGUCUAGCCACCACUUCCCGCGCUCAGGCAGGAAUAGAAGAUGAACAAACCCAUCACACCAUCAACAUAUGUGCGCUGCCUCAAUGUUGGACUAAUUAGGAAGCUGUCAGAUUUUAUUGAUCCUCAAGAAGGAUGGAAGAAGUUAGCGGUAGCUAUUAAAAAACCAUCUGGUGAUGAUAGAUAUAAUCAGUUUCACAUAAGGAGAUUUGAAGCAUUACUUCAAACUGGAAAAAGUCCUACUGGUGAAUUGCUGUUUGACUGGGGCACCACAAAUUGCACAGUUGGUGAUCUCGUGGACCUUUUGAUCCAAAAUGAGUUUUUUGCCCCUGCGAGUCUUUUGCUGCCAGACGCUGUUCCCAAAACUGUUAAUACACUACCUUGUAAAGAAGCCGUAACAGUUGAGCAGAAUCAGAGGCCUCUCUAUGGCCAGGGCAGGACAUCUGUGAUACCUGUGCAGAAUCCUGAACAAAAUUAUAUGCCACCUGACUCCUCAAGUCCGGAAAGUUUAGAAGUUAGUGAUACACGCUUUCACAGUUUUUCAUUUUAUGAGCUGAAGGAUGUCACCAAUAACUUUGAUGAACGACCCAUUUCUGUGGGUGGUAACAAGAUGGGAGAGGGCGGAUUUGGAGUUGUUUAUAAAGGCUACGUGAACAACCGGACUGUGGCAGUGAAGAGGCUUGCAGCAGUGGUUGACAUUAGUACAGAAGAACUGAGACAACAAUUUGAUCAAGAAAUAAAAGUAAUGGCAAAGUGCCAACAUGAAAAUUUAGUAGAACUACUUGGUUUCUCAAGUGAUGGAGAUGACCUCUGCUUAGUAUAUGUUUACAUGCCUAAUGGUUCAUUGCUAGACAGACUGUCUUGUUUGAAUGAUACUCCACCACUCUCCUGGCACAUGAGAUGCAGGAUUGCUCAAGGGGCAGCUGAUGGCAUCAGUUUUUUGCAUGAAAACCAUCAAAUUCAUAGAGAUAUUAAAAGUGCAAAUAUCUUACUAGAUGAAGACUUUACCGCCAAAAUAUCCGACUUUGGGCUUGCACGGGCUUCUGAGAAGUUUUCACAGACAGUCAUGACUAGCAGAAUUGUGGGAACGACAGCUUACAUGGCACCUGAAGCUUUGCGAGGAGAAAUCACACCCAAAUCUGACAUCUACAGCUUUGGUGUUGUUUUACUAGAAAUAAUAACUGGACUUCCAGCUGUGGAUGAACACCGGGAACCUCAAUUAUUGCUAGAUAUUAAAGAAGAAAUUGAAGAUGAAGAAAAGACAAUUGAAGAUUAUAUUGAUAAGAAGAUGAAUGACAUUGAUUUUACUUCCAUUGAAACUAUGUACUCUGUUGCUAGUCAAUGUCUACAUGAAAAGAAAAAUAAGAGACCAGACAUUAAGAAGGUCCAACAGCUGCUGCAAGAAAUCACAGCUUCUUGAAACUUUAGUAGAAUAGACACUUGGCUUUUUAUACACGGCUAUCAAAACCGUCUUUUAAACUAAAUUUUUUGGUAAGCAUUCUUCUUUACCUUUAACAAGGCAGCAUGGUGCCAUGCAGUGCAGUGGUUCUUAAAGCUCACAUAGAACCCUGGACAUAUAGAACAAACAAAAGCAGAGCUGCCAUUUCAGUGCUUCACCCUGCCUUCUUAGAGUUGCCCUCAGUUCUUGCAGUAAUCCCUGAGACAUCUUCUUGGAGCCUCAUCACAAACAAUUUGAAAACUACAGGAUUAGCAAAACAGACAACUGGACUAUUGAACGAAAAGACCCUGAGCUGAAGCCCAGCUCCACCGCUGAUUUUCUGUAAAGCUGUGGGCAGUCUCUUAGCUGCUCGGAGCCUUGGUUUUUUUCACCUGUAACGUUGGACUAAUACUUACUGUGCCUCUCUGGCAGGUAGGUAGUCGUGAGAAUUAAAGGAUGCAGCAUGUUUGCAAGUACUUUGUACUUUAUAAAGUGAUAUAAAAUUUAAGGUUUCUAUAGAUGAUUAUAGAAUUUUAUUGCAGUCAUUUGUUUAUAGAGUCAUGUUCACAGUACUAUUUUGAGCAAUCAUUCACCACAAGCCAAAUAAACCCAGAUGAGACUGCCACGAUUGGCUAUAAUUAAUUAGAUUAUGUAAUGUGACAAAGCUGAUGGAAUUUUGCAGAUGCAGGUAAGGUUCCUAAUCCGCUGACUUUGAGUAUCAGCAGGGAGACUGCGCUGGGUGGGCCGGAUCUAAUAAGGUGACCUCUUACAAGACAUCUGAGACAUCCUUCUGUGGGCCUUAAAGAAGGGACCUACCACCUUUUAGGAAGGCCACAUUGGCUAAGACCUAAGGGUGGCCUCCAGGAGAUGAGAGCCACUUUCUAGCUGUCAGCCAGCAACACAAACUGGGACCUGGGAUGUAUAACCACGAUAAACUGAGUUCUUCCAACAGCCUAAAUUAGCCUAGAAAAGUACUCCAGACCUCGGAUGAUUCUGUAGCUCCAACUGAAACCUAAAUUUUGGCCUUGUGAGACCCUCAGUAGUGAAUCUAGCUGAGCUGUGCCUGGACUUCUGGCAUACAGGACUGUGACAUAAAUGAGUUGCUGUAAGCCACUGAGUUUAUGGCAAGUUGUUAUGCAGCCAUAGAAAGUGAAUACAGGUAUUCCCAUGAUGAUUCUCCCACAGUGAUAGCCCAUCAUGUUCUGCCCACACUCAAGGGGUUGAUGGGGAUUAAGCAGUGUGUACACCAGAGGUUUGAAGUGUACUGAUUUGCACUGGAUUUCUCAAGUUUCCUCAGUCCCUACUCUUGUUGUUUGUUUUUUACUACAAAGAGUGAGAGACCUCUGGAUAGUAGUGAUGAAUUGAUUUUUUAAGUGACUUUUAACUAUUUCUCCUAAGUUUAAGAGUCUCUAUUGGAUUUUUUUUAUUGUUUGAAAGUUAUUUUUCAGCUUUGGGUGAACAGAAAAAUGUACUUAAGCAUGAAAACUGGCUGAUAAAGCUAGUGUAUAUAGAAGGAAUGCCAAGUGUCUACAGUUAUUCAUUCAUUCAUUCAUUCACUGAGCUUUGUAUCUUCAGUUUUUCAUUAACAAGUUUGUACAGUGGACUGCAGAAGAUGCUCGAUCUCUAUAUUGUAUUUAGACCUUCCUAAAUGCUUCCCUGAGAAAUGAAAAUAGCACAUCUUUCUAAUCACCUUUGUCAACUAAGUAUUUAAGCAGAAAGACACAUUUGCUAGUUGCAAAGGGAAAAGGAAAACAAGUAAAAUGACUUAGUCAAAUUAAUCUCAGUGGGAACCCACAUAAUUUGAGGCACAGUAUGAUCUAUAACACUGAACAUAAUUAUGUUAUUUUAAAGUAUAAGUAACUAUUUCUUGAAAUAAAAGCAUUUCUGUAAAAUGGCAUAUAUAUAGCUCUGAUUAUAGAAUGUUACCAAGCUUUAUUCAAAUUCUAUAAAUGAGUAUACCAUUUCAUUGAUUUUGAAAGUUUGCAGUAUUAUUUGGUAGGUGUUUUCAUUCCAUCAAGUGGAACUGAGAGCAGAUUUAUCCAAAUUAGGCACAGCUUCCCUCUCCCAGUAAAACUGUUUUAACUCUUUGGAUGGUAAUAAUGCAGCACAUCCACGCUUCCAAAGUGUUAACCACACUGUUUUAUCUUUUUGCCUAACUGUGCCUGUCACAUCAUGGACCGCUCAACUUGCAUGACACACAUUGCUACGGGAAUGAACAGCAGAGGGGUGUCCUCAGCUCACACGUGAACAGGACUGGCCCUCAAGUUCUGAGAAUUGUGUCCAGGCUGCGUACACCGCUCCCCUCAGGCAGGAAUGAAAAGCCUGAGGUGACAUCUAGUUGAAGCUUUUUCUUAAAUUUUUUGGGAAUAUACUUCCUCCUAAUUUUUUAUAGAAACAAAAAUUUAAACAUAUUUGAAAACAAUCUUGACGGGUUUUGCCAGCUUUGCUGUGAACUGGUAAUGCUGCCUCCAGCAGCUGACUGUGCAAACUAAUGGGUCACAGCAGCGCGGUGGGGAAGCACCCACCGACCCCCUUACUAGGAAGAGCAACCUGUUUUUAUUGCCCGGUUUGACCCGUUGGUUUGCUAGUUAGCUAACUCAAAUUUUAAAUUCUAUUUUCUCUCUUCAUAUGUUCUAUGAGGAAUAAUUAGUCAAUGUUUUGUUUUACUUUUCUAAUAUAUAAUUAAGAGAAAUUUAAGAUAUUCUAAAGUAUUUAUUGCUCUGCCCACUUUUCAGUUCUGUAGCCAUACAAAAUGGUCAUAGAUUUCACCCAUUCAGAGUCCUGUAACUCACUUUCAAAAUAAGCGUAUAUCUUUUAUUUUACAACUUUAUUGUAUCACCUGAUAAAUAAAAAUUGUAUU